ACUACAUCAGAUAGACAAACACGGCAAGAAAAACCCUUCUCUCGUCUCUCUCUACCUAACAAUAUUACUUUUUCUCCGAGCAAAUAGAAAAGAGAAGGAGAGAUCACGUACAUGCAUGACCCAUGGCAUGUCCAGAUUCUCCUCUGUUGAUGAAGCUCGUGAGCUUCAUUUUAUUAGCUUUCUUAGUCACUAGUUUGAACGCGCAAAUGCAAUGCAAGAACUUCAAAUCGAUCAUUAGUUUCGGAGAUUCGAUUGCUGAUACCGGAAACUUGCUCAGUCUCGCGGACCCUAACGACCUUCCUGGUUCUGCGUUCCCGCCGUACGGAGAAUCCUUUCUCAAACACCCAACGGGCCGUUUCUCCGACGGCCGCCUCAUCAUUGAUUUCAUUGCUGAAUUCUUGGGUUUACCGCUUGUGCCUCCUUUUUAUGGAUCUCAACAUGCAAACUUUGAGAAAGGAGUUAAUUUCGCAGUGGCUGGAGCAACGGCACUGGAAUCUUCCUUUCUUGAGAGGAGAGGAAUUCAUUCUUCUAUCACCAACUUCAGUUUAGGCGUUCAGCUUAGGAGCUUCAAGGAGAGUUUGCCUUGCUUAUGUGUCUCUCCUUCAGAUUGUAAAGAUACGAUUGAAAAUGCUUUAAUUCUCAUGGGAGAGAUUGGAGGAAAUGAUUAUAAUUUCGCACUCUUCCAACGCAAAGCCAUUGAGGAAGUGAAAGAACUGGUCCCGCUUGUGAUCGCUACUAUUUCUUCUGCAAUAACGGUAUAG